AUGACGGCGCCGCGAAAGAACCACGUGAGGACGACAUCGCAGAAGGAAAAUCGAAGCCAGAGAUACGCGCAAUUAUCGAAGCAAAAGCAGUACCGGGAAUUGCGAUGGAUUCGGGCGUCGAAAAGGCCUUGA